GAAGCGGAACCAAAACCAGGAGGGGAUGGAGGUGGAAGAAGGCGAGAUUGCAACCCUUGCCGAAGGUCCUUCUGAUUCUACUCGAGAUUUCCAAAAGGUGCAAGGUGAAAUGGAAGCAGAAUUGAAUAGUACAAAAUCUGGGCAGGCAGUUAUUGGUCAUGCUUCAGUUGAGGCAACUGUUACUUUAAAAUCCACACCAAGUCACAAAACUGCAGUGAUGGACCUCCAGAAGAAAGAGGAAUAUCACAAGAAGAGCAGGGAGUUCAGCAUCACCAGAAAAUCCCCAGCCUCUAUUGCAAGUUCUAAGAAAGCCAUAAAGAGCUCUGAUGGAGCCAAGACCCAUCCGUCAAGCAGUCAAAGCCCUGCAGGAUCCAGUCCAAUGGAAUUGCAACCUUCAACCUUAGGAAAAUCUCUUCAGCCAAUGGGGAGUUUAUCUUCUAUGACAGUACCUAUGCGUUUGGAUGCUCUUGCCUAUUUGUUAAAUCAAGCUGUUAUGAACUCACAUAAUGUAAUACCUCCUGUGCCAAGUUUUGCCAACCAAUGCAGUUUGGCUGCAUGUAGGAACACAAUCCCCCUGACCUACUGCCCUUGUCAUAGAGGAACUCCUAAUGUAGUUGACUGUCCUUCGGUACCUAUAUACUUGACCCAACAACAUACCUCUACUAAUGCAAUUUAUCCCAAUCAAGGAUUUGUCAAUCUAGGAUACCAGCCUGGUCCAAUUAACUCAGUGCCAAGUCAGAAUUGUAGCAAUGUCGGUCAGCAUGUUGCUAAUAGAGAAAUGGAUGUUCACACAAACAGAAGAUGGGAACAGAUUAAUUCUUCACUGUCUUCAACAAGUAUAAAGAAAUGGGAUGAUUCCAAAGCAAUGCAAAACUUUGAUGAAGCUUCUUACAAUGAACGAUGUAAUAGUGAUUUUAAUCAGGCAAGAAGUUCUUUCAAGGGAAGUUAUUUUGGAAGUACUUCACUUCCAGGAACCUCUGGGAAUUGGAAACGUGGUCAGAAUGAUAAUCGUGAAUGGCAAGACAGGGGCUUUGGUAGGUCUGUAAGAAAGUAUAAUGAUUCAGGUAGCAGUUAUAGGGUGAGAGGUGCAGGUGAUCAUUAUAAAAGGGAACACAGGGAAAGAUCAUUUGGGUCAGACUUUAGAGUCAGAAAGAGAAAUGAAGACGAUAACUCUUGGUCAUUGAAUCAGGAUUCAUAUUCAACUCCCAAACAGAUGCGUUUGUCAGAGAAUGCUGAACCCAGCUGGCAGCAUAGAAGAGGACAAACUGGCUGGGCACAGGAGGAAAACAAACAUUUUGGAGAGAAUUGUAGGUCCAAAACAAUUGACACUACAGUUAAAGAGAAGGCAUUAAUAUUUUCUGGAAAAAGAAUUUCGUCCGGAGAAGAUUGGGAUGCAGAAUAUGACACUGAAGAAACAAAAUCAGGUGGCAUUAAAGAAACAUCGUUCAUUCCACAGCAUGUUAAAAACAAGAAAACUGUAACAGAUGAUGGUUGGAAGACUGACUGUCUUGAGAAAGGGCAUUCAAAGCAAGAGGGCCCAUUGCAGCUUCAGGAAACUGAAGAGGAUAUUAUAGAUGUGGGAAGAGAGGACUUUGAUGCUGGCAAGAAAUGUCAUCCCUUACUGGGCUCUGUUACUUGUGUCCAGAGCAAUACAUCAUCUGAUGUAGAAAACAUAUUUAAAAUUAUGGAGAAAGAUGUUGCAUGUGACACCAGAGUGAAUGUGACUGAACAGGAAGUAAACACUGUUGAAUUACAUGCUACCUCUUGAGGAGUUGACUCACAUGUCUGUGAACAUGUUGAAUAAUAAAUACCCACAAUGGAAACAAUUGAAGCAGACAACCAUAGACCAACUGCAGAAACAUUUGAGAAGUCAGCGAAUGAUACAUUGAAGAUUGCCAAGGAACAUUAAUAUAUUAAGAGCACAAACAAAGGACAUGAUGAAGACAGUCCUAUAAUGCAGAAUGCUGCUGAUCCCGCAACUUUGAACCUGCCUUCCAAGAAACAUGAAUCUGUUUCUUGAGAUGGUGAAACUUAGUGGUUGAGCUAAAAGAACAUGAAAAUAUGGUUGAGUCCUUUAGUGUGGCAAAGAAUAAAAAUCUAACCAGGUAAAGGAUUGAUAACUUAAUUUCUUGAAGAUUUAAAUAAGCAAAACCUGGAAUAAACAUGGACAGAAUUUCUUUUUGUUUUAUUUAAUUUGUGGAAUCUUAAGUGAUAGCAUUUGUCUUGUGUUUAAUCGCAUGAGCAUUUAAUAAACGAGGAAAUUUAUCUUUAAUGUAAGAUAAGAAAACCAUCAUAAAAUGAAACAGAUGUUCGGAAUUUUCUUCUGGCUUCUCAUGCUGCACAGCGUAGAAUUGGCAGAAAUAUAGUAGGCAUCCCAUUUCUGUAUGUAUGCAUUUUUUUAACUCAACUGUAGACAAUGUUAAGGCACAGGAAUGCAAGUAUGCUCUAAGCCAAAACAUGAGAUAGUGUCUGAUUCUUGUGUUGUCUGUAAGUCAGAAUUA